ACAGCCCCCCAGGCACCUGGAGAACCAGUCUGGAGAGCCAGUUCCCCCAGGACCAGUUACACCUCCCUGUGCUGGGGAGCUCUUCCCUCACUGGCACGGCAGCCUGUCUGGCUCCCGGCGCUCCGAGACGACGCUGGCAGGAGUCCUGCCCCGCCAGGCACCCUUGCCUUGAUGUGCAGCCUACCUGGUAGCCAGAGCAAAGCAGAGGGAAGGGCUCCAGCUUGCCCUGCCAUAGCACCCAAAAGCUGCAUGGGCUGAGCACUGGGGUGUGUGGUACCCCCUGUGCUGGCCCCUCACCUCCCCGGGGUCAUACUCACCAUGGCGUGGUGCACCAGGUACUCCCAAGACGAGCGGGACUGAUGGUUGAAGAUGAUAUCAAGGGUGUCGUGGAUGAAGUAGCCUGUGGGACGAAGGAGAGCACUGAGGGGAUCUGGGUUGUGUACAGUCACCCGCUGCAGUAAGGGGAAGCAGCAAUGAAGAGGAGGGUGCUCAUCGUGCACCUCUGCCUGCGCAAGGCCGACCAGAAGCUGGUGAUCCUGAAGCAGAUCCCGGUGGAGCAGAUGAGCAAGGACGAGCGGCUGGCGGCGCAGAACGAGUGUCAGGUCCUCAAGCUGCUCAGCCACCCCAAUGUCAUCGAGUACUAUGAGAACUUCCUGGAGGACAAGGCGCUCAUGAUCGCCAUGGAGUACGCCCCAGGGGGCACACUAGCAGAGUUCAUUCAUAAGCGCUGCAACUCCUUGCUGGAUGAGGACACCAUCCUGCACUUCUUCGUGCAGAUCCUCCUGGCUCUCCACCAUGUGCACACCAAGCAGAUCCUGCACCGUGACCUGAAGACUCAGAACAUCCUCUUGGACAAGCACCGGAUGAUUGUCAAGAUCGGAGACUUUGGCAUCUCCAAAAUCCUGAGCAGCAAGAGCAAAGCCUACACGGUUGUGGGAACCCCAUGCUACAUCUCUCCAGAGCUCUGUGAAGGGAAGCCUUACAACCAGAAGAGUGAUAUCUGGGCUCUGGGCUGUGUGCUCUAUGAACUCGCCAGCCUCAAGAGGGCUUUUGAAGCUGCGAAUCUUCCUGCCUUGGUACUGAAGAUCAUGAGUGGGACGUUUGCCCCAAUAUCAGACAGAUACAGCCCCGACCUGCGCCAGCUCAUCCUUAGCAUGCUGAACCUGGAUCCUUCCAAGCGGCCCCAGCUGAAUGAGAUCAUGGCCCAGGCCAUCUGCAUUGGGCCCCUUCUGAACCUCUACACUGACGUGGGCAGUGUCAAGAUGAGAAGGCCUGAAAAACCCUUGGCUCCGGUGCCAACAGUGACCCACAGCCGGACUGGGGGACGAGUGAGCAGUGCCAGGCCGAGGGGUGUUCGAGGGGGCUCGGCCAGGACAGGAAUCCCUCCUCCAUUGUCAUCCAUCUACACUUGGGGGAGCGGGAUCACCACCCCUCUCCGACUGCCCAUGCUUAACACGGAGGUGGUGCAGGUGUCUGCAGGCAGGACACAGAAGGCUGGAGUCACCAAGUCAGGAAGGCUCAUCAUGUGGGAGGCUCCCCCGAUGGGUGCUGCAGGAGGCACUUCCCUCCCCGGAGCCACUGAGCAGCUCCAGCCUCAGUUUGUGUCCCGCUUCCUGGAGGGUCAGUCUGGUGUGACCAUCAAACACGUGUCCUGUGGGGAUCUCUUCACAGCCUGCCUCACAGACAGGGGGAUAAUCAUGACCUUCGGCAGCGGCAGCAAUGGCUGUUUGGGGCACGGAAACUUCAUGGAUGUGAGCCAGCCCAAGAUCGUGGAGGCCCUGCUGGGCUAUGAGAUGGUGCAGGUGGCCUGUGGCGCAUCCCACGUCCUGGCAGUUUCCAACGAACGGGAAGUGUUUGCCUGGGGCAGGGGGGAUAAUGGUCGGCUCGGGUUGGGUACCCUGGAGUGCCACAACUCCCCCCAGCAGGUCACAGUCCCGCCGGAGCAUGAGGUCCACAGAGUCAUCUGUGGCAUUGAUUCCUCCAUGGUCCUCACUGUGAAGAACCAGAUUCUUGCCUGUGGGAGCAAUAGGUGUAACAAGCUGGGCCUCGACCGGAUUAGCUCAGCAGAGGAGCCCUCCCCAGAGGACCAAGUGGAAGAGGCCACCGUGUUCUUGUGUGCCCAGUCAGCCCCCUUGAACCAAGAGCAGAUUGUGUGCGCUGACAUUGGUACAGCACACUCAGCUGCAGUCACAGCUUGUGGCCAGUGUUACACCUUCGGCAGCAACCAGCAUGGGCAGCUGGGCACCAACUCCUGCCACAACAGCCGUGUACCCCACCUGGUUGUGGGUCUCCAGGCGAUGAAGGUCACUGUGGUGGCUUGUGGGGAUGCCUUCACUGUGGCCAUUGGUGCAGAUGGUGAGGUGUGCACAUGGGGGAAAGGAGCCAGGGGACGCCUGGGCAGGAAGGAUGAGGAAACAGGAACACCAAAGCCGGUGCAGCUGGAGGAGACACAUCCCUACCUGGUGACCUCCGUUGCCUGCUGCCACGGGAACACGCUGCUGGCUGUAAAGCCUGCUGUGGAAGAGUCACCUUCCCAGUGAGUUUGAGUCGAGAGGGGACACAUCCAGCUGCCUGGAAUGCCUUGUCCUCAGUGCUUCCUGAUGGCUCAGCCCUGCAUCCCCAGGCUCAGGAGCUCCAAACAGGGAGC